AGUGCCCCGCGUGGCGUUGCCCAGUUUGCCCAACAAGGACGGGGCAUCCAGAUAUAGGUAGGGCAACAAAGAAACACACCUCACUGGGGGUGUGAAAUCUCAUAAAAAGUCUAUCCGAGGCGUUUAUCGGAUAUAAUGUCCACUCCAACACGGUACAAUGAGGAUAAAUAUAAAUAGGUCCUCUGGAUGCCCUUUGGAAGCACACAUAUCAUCAAGCUCACUACCAUCAGUUUACCAAAAACAAAUAUGCGUCUACUUCUACCCUUCAUCGCUCUGCCUUUGGCAGCUCUGGCCACGCCGCUAGGCAUCACUGAUCUGCUUCCCCGGGACCCGAACGCGGGGAACUUCAGUUUCUCCUGCAAAGACAUCAAGAUGGGCGGGCUCAAUUUGCCCGGCGACAAGCCAGGUCAUGCAGCUCAUCACCUGGUUGCAACCUGCGCGGUCGGCGAUGGGACCGAAAUUACCUCCCAGUUAGACCUGAACCAUUGCUUUGGCCAAAACGAAAUAAAGAACAAUGGCAAUGGGCUCUACAGCUAUUCUAAAUGCCACCAGUCGACAUACGAGCGUUCGUCGAGUCCAAAGAUGCUUUGUCAACGUGAUGAUGAUCCGAACGUAGUCCAGCUAACGGAAUACAAUCUCGGUGAGCUUCCCCUUCCAUGUCACAUACAUACAAAGCAAUUAUUGCCUAUUCUAAAGGCUGAGCAUAAGACGCCGCUAUAUCCAAUGAUCAUGGCUUCAUCAAAUGUUUCGAUCAUAAGGGCGAGCGCAUUUAGAGCUCACUCAAUGCUUCUUAUGGUCUAUUCAUGAGCUUGGCGUCGCUGCAUCCUUCGAGACCGCCUCUUUCAUGUCACAUAUGAAGAGCGAGACAUGCAGCUAUCCAGCCCUAAUGGCUCUCUAGGCAGUAAGGACAUAAUUUGCUACUACAGCCAGGGUGUUAUGCUGAGAGUAUCC